CUCAAGCAUAAUAACACAAAAAUAAUCUUUGAUUGGUAUUUUCAAUUUCUCAAACCAAUGAAGUGCUCAAACUCUCCAAGCUCUUUCAUACACUACACAAGUUUCAUUUGAUUUGUUUUUUUUUUUGAAAAUUCAUUUGAUUUGUUGUGUCUCCAUUUCUUAAUAACGUAUAAUGAUUAGAUCAUCAACUUAUGCAAGCACGUUACCUAUCUUUACACGAAAAAAAUGUCGAUGCGACAUUUUUUGAAAAUGUAGGUGUAGAAAAAAGUACACAAUAUUUAAACCUUGUGGCGUCUUUUUUGUCCCUCCCGGACAUUAUUUUUAUAAAAUUACUCCCUCCGUCCCUGAAUUAUCUUCAAAUUUUCCUUUUUCGUCCGUCCCAAAAUUAUCUCCUCUUUCCCUUUUUGGUAAAGAAUUUGUGGUUCACAACCAUUCUUACACAUUCUUACACAUUUCUCUCUCCUCUGCACAACUCUCCACCACACAAAUAGGGACGGAGGGAGUAUAUUUUUUGACAUUUUUUUUAUCUUCCCCUAACUUUGGAUAAAAAAUUGUCAGCGCAAUUCUUUUUGAAAUGUGUACACAAAUUAUACUCGAUCCAUACAAGUUUUUCCCCUUUCUAAAAUAUUUUUGUAUGUAGCGGCCGUCUCCCUUCUUCGUAGGGUUGAGAUUUUCCGCUGCCCCCAUCAAUAUAGGGUUGGAGCGACAGAUUUUACUGAUUUUAAGUGUUCUAACGCUGGAGAUUGCAACUACGUCGGAGGAGAUAGUGUUGGCAGAUGAAUGAGAUGCGGCUGAUGAGAGGUUGUAUCGAGGUGGGAUCAUGAAGCCUUGGUUGGCCAUUCCGACGGUGGUGGAGUUAGUAUUCACCCAUAUUGUAAGAGUUCGUCCUCCUCCGGAACCACCUCCAUAUCAGGCAGAGUUUUGUGGAAAGAUUUUAUUUCGGUAUUAUUUUCUCUUUAGCAGCACUUCUUUCUGUUUUAGUCUGAGUAGAUUUGUUUUGAAUGUUUGGAUUUUCGGAGUUCUUUUGAUAGGCAGGGUUUCGGUUCUGAUCGUUUUAGGCCUAAAUUUGUCCGUUUCAGGUUUAGCGAGUCGUGUUGCUUUGUAUGAGGUGGAUGACUCUAAGUCUACUCCUAAGGUUCAUGAUUGAAUCUGUAAUUUCUGUCUGAAAGUUAUUUUGUAUG